ACAUCAAAGUAGAUUACAGCUUAGACUUUAGAACAACGACGUAUUUAUCCUCAUGACUGCCACGGCACCACCAGACUAUCCGGAAUCACCGGAAAAGGCGAUAAUGCCUCCUGCCCGUCCUCCUUCUAAGCCUGCAUCUACGGGGCCACCGCAAGGCGCGAUGAAUAAUUCCCCUAUGGUGUUACCAAAUCCAGUUUCGUAUGCUCGUACAGACAGUUUGAGUCAACAAGAUAGCACUCAGCAGAUGAUGGUAAUGAUGCAAAUGCAAAAUCAACAGAAUAUGCAACAAAUGAUGCAAUUGCAGCAACAACAUUCAAGUCAGAUGCUUGCCCUACAGCAACCAAAACCAGAUUAUGCACAGCAAAGGAUUUCGUAUACACAGCCCGGGACUAUGCAUACACAACCUACAACAAUAACAAGCCAGCCGACAACCACUAUUGUAAACAGUAACUCUCAGGCUCCAACGGGGAAUGGUCUGCAGCCUCGCAACGAUUGCCUUCACUGCUUACUUUGCUGUUGCACUGGUGGACUUUGGUGUCCGUUCUGGGCGAAGUCCAAGAAGCAGGCUUCAGCCUUCAAGUUUUCUGUUUUCACAGAUUUUAAUUUUUGA